AUGGAUAAACCCAGGGUCCCUCCACCCCACGCUCUCAUUGGCCGGCGCAUCGCACAUAUCUUCCCUCUCGUACCUCGAUACCCGGGUAUUCACGACCUGAAUCAGUUUAUCCCGGGCCAAGCCGUACCUCACGGAAUUAUCUUUCCCGUCGUGCGUCACGAACAUGACCCGCAUCUCCCCAUCCCGGCCCGUCAACGCCAGAUGAAUCUGCUCGGGCCCACGGCCUGGUUCGAAUCGGAUCGUUUCCGAUUUUGCCAGGAGAUGCUUGGUCCCCGGCAGAGGGUUGUGAUCGUGGUCCUGCUUUUUCGGGUUGAUUUCCGACUCCGUCCAGUGGAAGAUCCGGAACUGGUAAUCGGAUCUCAGGUUGAUCAACGGGAGCGUAAUGGAGCCCGACCCGGACGGCCAUCCGGGCGAGGACGAGAGGAAGAUGUAGCCGAUGAAGUCUGCGUGCGAGGAGUUCGAAGCUUCGACGGGGAGUCAAUGCCGGACCAUCGGAUCGUGAUCGGGUCGCUGGAUUUGGGAAUGGAUCUCGAGCUCACAGUAAUGGCGACCGGCGAUGCGGACAAGGAUCGGACGAGGAAAUGGAAAAUUGUUGCUAGAACAGGAAUUACCUUCAAUGGGAUCAUGAUUUCUUGGCUGUUGAUGAUAAAUUUGUGGGGGGAUUGGAAGUGUGAAUCUUCCUAA